UUGUCAAGUAAACAUGUUGUGCUUAAUCAGAUGAUGAGGUAGCUCAGCAAUCAUCUGCAGAUACUCAACCGCAGAAAAUCCGCUCCUAUUCUACCGCUGCCACUGGUUUCAAACUUCAAACUCCCCCGACACCAGGUCUCCGUCUCCCCACCCGAACGUUGCCACCUCCCACUCCCACCCCGAGUCGUGAUCGACCUCCUCGUCUCGCCAUCUCUCCUGCCGGACCAAAACCGCGAGCACCUGGGCGCACCACCUCGCCUCGCCUCACCGCCAUCGCGAUCUAGAGAGCUGACCGCGCGCGCGCCUAUGGUGCGGCGCGGGGCGGCCGCGAUGGCGGCGGCGGCGCGCGAGGAGGAGGAGUCGUCGCCGGCGCAGCGGCUAGUCGAAGCCGCGCUGCGCGGGGACGCGGCGGCCGUGGAGGCGUGCCUGGAGGCGGCCGCGGCGGAGGCAGACGUGCCAGCGGUGAGCCGCGUCGGUGUGGCGCGCCUGCGCGUGAGGUGCGCGGACGUGGCGCUGCGGGAGGAGGCAGCGGGAGAGGUGGUCGUGGAGACGCGGGAGCUGAAGACCGACGUCUCGCCGCUCUUCGCCGCCGCGCACGCCGGGCAUGCCGACAUCGUCCACGCCCUCCUGGUGGCUGGAGCUGAUGUUAAUCAGAAGUUAUUCCUAGGUUAUGCAACAACAGCUGCUGCACGUGAAGGAAAGACUGAUGUUCUAGAAAUGCUUCUGGUGGCAGGGGCCACCCAGGAGGCUUGUGAAGAUGCACUAUCAGAAGCUUGUCUUUUUGGUGAGGCUGAAGCUAUUCGAAUCCUAGUCUCUUCAGAGAUGCUUGGGCCUGAAGCUGUGACCCAUGCAUUAGUGACUGCUUCUUCAAGAGGCUUUGAUGAUAUAGUGGUCAUAUUACUUAAGAAUGGAGUUGAUGUUAAUUGCAUGGCUAGGGUUCUCUUGAGGUCAGUUAAGCCUGCGCUCCAUGCUAAUGUGGAUUGCACACCGCUAGUGGCAGCAAUUAUCAGUCGUCGGAUUUCCACUGUAGAACUCUUGAUAGAGGAAGGUUCUUACUUGGACUCUCUUGUGCAAGUUGGUUCUUGGUCUUGGGACCCUGCAUCGGGUGAAGAACUUCGUGUAGGUACAUGUCUUGGUGAGCAUUACAACUCCACUUGGUGUGCAGUGGAAUACUAUGAAUCUAGUGGCGAAAUUCUCAGGCUGCUGCUAGAGAGAGCUCCUUGGUUGUUGGAAUCCACAAAUAAGGGUCGAAAUCUUCUUUGCCAUGCGAUACUCUGUCAGAACCCAAAUGCAGUACGUUUGCUUCUACAUGGUGGUGCCAAUCCUAGAUUUCCCAUGAUGAUAGAAGGUGGGCAUGUUUCCUAUCCUAUGCAUUUGGCGGCAAGGUUGGGUUAUGCGCAAGUAUUGAAACAGCUAAUGUUGCAUGGAGCAGAAGUCAACGCAAAAGCUUCUAAUGGGGAUACUCCUCUCAUGGUCUCUGCAAGGGCUGCGCAUCCUGAUUGUUUCCUGGAGUUGAUAAAAUUUGAGGCAGACCUUGGGAUAGUGAACAAUGCAGGAGAAUCAGCAAUUAUGAUAGCUAAGAAAAGUUCAUUUCGCUCCUCAGUUGUCGACAUUCUUAUUAGAGCAUUGAGCUGUGGAGCAUGCCUGAUUUCAUCAGAUAUGACUGUCUUCUCCCCUCUGCACUUCUUUGCUGGAAGCGGGCGUGCAGAACCUCUUCUGAUGAUGCUACAUCAGUCAGCUACAGAUUUAAACAAGCUUGAUGGUUCAGGGCUCACUCCUGUUAUGGUUGCUGCCGAGUCGGGUCAUGUUGAUAUUUUCCGGCUCUUAGUGAUGGAGGGGGCAGAUAUUACGAUCAGAAGUGCAGAAGGGAAACAUGUUAUGUCUAUUAUUCGACAAAAAUCUUCAGCGACUAGAGAUUGCUUUGAACAGAUCUUGCUCCAAGCUUCACUAGCCAAUGCACUCAAAGGUCAUGCAUUAUUCAGACCUCUGCAUUAUGCAGCCCGAAUGGGUGACACAUCCUCUUUACUACAACUCCUGAAAAUGGGCCAUGAUCCCAAUUCGCUGGAUGAGGAUGGCUACACCCCUCUGAUGCAUGCAGCUGCUUCCGGCAGGUUAGACUCGUGCAAGAUAUUGGUAUCACAUGGAGGGGCAGAUUGCAGCCUAGUGAAUGAAAGAAAUGAGACGGCUUUAUCAUUAGCAAGGAGCAGCAGCAGAUCGAACAAAGCAACGGACGAGUGGUUGCUGGAUCAUCUUUCACGUGCCCAUGUUCUUGCAGGAGAGGAGCUGAUGAAACACACGCGAGAAGGGAAGGGCUCGCCUCACCGUAAGACCGUGCGCAUGAUGAGAUCCGGUGUGCUGACAUGGGGAGCGGCUCGCAAAAGGAAUGUGGCCUGCAAGGUGGCACGAGCUGGGCCAAGCAUGAGCUUCACAAAGAACCGGAGGAUUAUCGACGCAUCUGCGCGGCAGCUGAUCUUUCUAGUUGAGACUGUGACAGGUAGAGAGGUCCAUUUUGAGGCCAGUUGUGCUUCCAGUGUGGAAUUCUGGAUCAGAGGAAUCAAUCUCAUAGUAAAAGAGUCCACAUGGUCGAGGCCAGAUAAAGAGCCAGUUGAACAAGCUUAGCCAGUCUUCAUGGAGAACAGUUUCAGACGGCUAGCACAAAAGCCGUGUUUACGACUCUAAGUUGCCCUUUUGAUCCAUAUGUUAAUAGCUUAUUUAUCUGGCGCUUGUAAGUUAAUAACAUAUUUAUUGGGUUAGUCCCCUUGCACAAAGCUGAAAAUUAUAUGUUUAUGGACUCUCUAGGCCAUGCCUGGGUUGUGGAUUUCGGAUAUAAGGUUGGGACCUGAACCUGAAAUAUAUUUAUUUGUGAAUGUAUACAAAUGUUGUUGUC